UUGCAGUUUGUCCUUCUAAGGCGCCUGUAUUUGACGUACGAAAACAUUUUGGAUUUUUAAAAGUUGGGCGCCUUUUCUACUGCUUCUUUUGUGAUCAAGACAUACAAGACAUAAAUAUUGAUCGAUUAAAGAAUGGACUCUUCUAUUGCCAGUGACGUGAAUGCAUUUAAGACGCCCUGCAAACCAGACAAGAUUAAAAGCCCGCUCUCUGAUGGGGCACCCAGUCCUAGAACCCCCAUAACCAUCCCUGCCUCCCCUUUCAUGAAGAAACUGGGAUGUGGAACUGGGGUGAAUGUUUAUCUCAUGAACAGACUUGGUACAUUUAACCAGUCUCCAUGGGCUGUCAAAAAGAUCAACAGCAAAUGUGCCUUAAAACAGGUGGGUGUAUACCAGAGAAGACUCAGUGACGAGGCAAAGAUCCUGAAAGACCUGCACCACCCAAACAUUGUUGGAUUCCGUGCCUUCACCACUGCCAAGGAUGGCUCCAAGUGCCUGGCCAUGGAGUAUGGUGGGGAGCAGUCCCUGAACGAUCUGAUCGAGAGGAGGAGAGAGGAGGGCCUGAAGGCUUUUCCAGCCGCCACCAUUGACAAAGUGGCCUUACAUGUGGCGCGUGGCCUACAGUACCUUCACAACGCGAAGAAGCUACUACAUGGCGACAUGAAGUCUUGCAAUGUUGUCAUCAAGGGAAACUUUGAGACUGUCAAAAUCUGUGAUGUGGGAGUCUCCUUGCAGUUGGAUGAGAAUAUGAAAGUGAGUAACCCCAAAGCAGAGUAUGUUGGCACUGAGCCCUGGAUGCCCAAGGAAGCUCUGGAGGGAGGAGUGAUCACAGACAAGGCAGACAUCUUUGCCUACGGACUGACCCUGUGGGAGAUGAUGACUCUGGCCAUGCCUCACCUGGAGAUUUUGGACAGUGAGGAGGAGGAGGAGGGGGAUGAUUCAAUGGAGGACGACUUUGAUGAGGAUGCCUACUAUGAGAAGUUGGGCACCCGGCCAGUGCUGGACUCUAACAGUCUUGGGGGAGCCUACCAGAGAAUGGUGGAGCUUUUCUGGCUCUGCACGGAGGAGAAUCCACAGAAACGCCCCUCAGCUACCCAAAUAGUUCAGGUUCUGGAGUCCAACAUGCAGACGGACAACAAAAAUAGCGAGGUAAUUGUCAUAGACUGACCAGUCAUCAAGCCAUACUGUAAUGACUAGACCAGUGUCUGGAAACCUUGACCUUUGUUGUAUUAUUCUGUCCUGUACUCUUCUCUAGGCCUGUACUCCUUUGUCAGGUGAAACUUGUAAAUAAAAUGAUUUGUAUUUCAGUAUGCUGCUAUGAAAACAGAAGGAAUUCAAAGAAGCAGGUUCUCUUCCGGUUAUUUAAACUAGAGUUGACUGAUACUUGAGCAUUUUAGUAGCGUCCUGUGGGCAUACAUGGUUUGUGCUGCAUAAUCUGAAAUGGAAUGUGUAGUGUAGAUUCAUUCUAUGCUGGAACAUUAAGGCUGUAAAGUGUCAUGAAUGCCAAUCAUGUGAUUAAACAAAUUGCUCAGA